AUGGAGCAAUGGGAGGAUGAAGGGAGGAGUCUUCCUGUCGAGUACUUCGCUGAGCCUAGUGAGGAGAUUGAUCGUAACUGGCAUGAGAUUGUGGAACAUCAGAAUAUUGGUAUCCAAGAAGAAGUAAUGAAAGCAAUGGGCCGUGAGCGGGAAGGAAUCAAGCUCCCAGAUGGCACAUAUUAUGGCUCAAUCAUGGUCUUCCACCACUUGCAUUGUCUUGUACGUUAUCUGGAUGUCGUCGAUUGA